CUACCGAGGGCCACGUCGAGGGCCAACCACCCCCAUAUAUAAGGAUGGUACUGUGCUAAGUCCAUACACACUCUUCCAACGACCGCCGCGAGCAGACGGAGUACCAGCAGCAGGAGGCAGAAGCAGCAGUAGCAGAAUCAUGGCUUUAGGAUACCUGGUGUCGCUGGCGGUGGUGGGCGUCGUCCUCGCCGACCAGAGCUCGCAUGUCACCUUCAGCCUCGGCGGCGCCAAAGCUCACCACCACAGCUCCUCGCACCACCACGCCCCGGCACACCACGCCCCCGCCCACCACCACGCCCCGGCUCGCCACCACGCACAACCCUCCUACCACACCACGCCAUCCUACCACCCACAACCCGCCUACCACCCCCACCCCCACCCCCAGCCCUCCUACGGCGAGCACCCCGAGCCCGCCUGCGCCGCCAACACCACCAAGCCGUGGUGCCUCGAGGACGCCGAGUACCCGCUCUACGAGAUCAAGCACGCCGCCGAGUACCACUACGAGAAGCUGCUGUCCCUGUACGCCGACGUGGCGGACCUCAACACGGAGCUGUCGGUGGAGCGGCCCAACACCCUGGACGAGGAGACGUACCUCUGCCCCUCCGCCACCGCCUACGUCAGGCCGCUGCGCGCCGUCAACACGGAGGGCAAGUGGCGCGUGGUCGUUAACAACGUGGACGUCCACUACGAGACCCUGACGCAGACCGCGCGCGUCGAGGAGUGCCUCACCGCCGGCGACGCCUGCCCGCUGGUGCCCGAGUGCUACGAGUCCUCCUGCCUCCAGAAGUCCAUCUACCACCGCUUCCUCGUCUACGACGCCUACGACCAGUACUUCCCCUUCGCCGUGGAGACCUUCAAGCUGCCCGCCAGCUGCGCCUGCCUGCUCGGCGCCUAUACUAUUGACCACUAAAUUUACGACAUCAAGUUUCACUGAUCCUGCCCCUGUGAUGACGGAUUCCUCCCAACAGUAAUCGCACUUGUCUCUGAGCUUUUUAUCAGCUUCAUUUCUCUAAGUUUCUUAUCAGGUCUCUAUGGUUUUGUCUGUCUUUUUAUUUUCAUUAUUUAGGUUCCACUAUAAACAGCUCCUAUCACGAACACAUAACUUAUCUACCUCAAGCAAAACCCGCGGGUGUAUGUAACCCGCCCCUCGAGGCCCUGGCCCGGCCCGAACGGCGACACGUAAAGAAAGCAGUUCUCUAGUCAUCUCGAUGUGAUAAUAUGUAACAUACAGAUAUUAAUAUAUAUUAUAUUGCAAGUGUAAAAUAAAAGAGCAUAUCUUUUUUCUUCUUUAUCUUGUCAG